AGCUAUGCCAUUUUUGGGUCAAGACUGGAGAUCUCCUGGAUGGAGAUGGAUAAAAACAGAAGAUGGCUGGAAAAGAUGUGAAUCCAGUGAUCAGGAACUGGAAAAUGCAAAUCAGUAUAACAUCAACCACAACAUUAUCCUAAAUAGUGAAGAUGAAGAAAUAUUCAAUAAUGAAGAGUGUGAAUAUACAUCUAAAAAGAUGAAAAAGGACCAUUUUAGUAAUGAUACAAAUACUCAAUGCUUUUAUCGUGAAAAAUGGAUCUAUGUCCAUAAAGAAAGCACAAAAGAAAGACAUGGUUAUUGUACCUUGGGAGAAGCUUUUAAUCGCUUAGACUUCUCAAGUGCAAUUCAGGAUAUCCGAAGAUUCAAUUAUGUGGUUAAACUAUUACAGCUAAUUGCAAAAUCUCAGUUGACUUCCCUGAGUGGCGUGGCACAAAAGAAUUAUUUCAACAUUUUGGAUAAAAUUGUUCAAAAGGUUCUCCAUGACCAUCAAAAUCCUCGCCUAAUUAAAGAUCUUCUCCAAGACCUCAGCUCUACACUUUGUAUUCUUAUUAGAGGAGUAGGGAAGUCUGUGUUGGUGGGAAAUAUCAAUAUUUGGAUUUGCCGAUUAGAAACUAUCCUCACCUGGCAGCAACAGCUACAGAAUCUUCAGAUGACUAAGCAAGUGAACAAUGGUCUUACACUUAGUGAUCUUCCUUUGCACAUGCUGAACAACAUAUUAUACAGAUUCUCAGAUGGAUGGGACAUCAUAACUUUAGGUCAAGUCACUCCAACGUUGUAUAUGCUCAGUGAAGACAGACAGUUGUGGAAGAAACUGUGUCAAUAUCAUUUUGCUGAACAGCAGUUUUGUAGACAUUUGAUCCUUUCUGAAAAAGGUCAUGUCGAAUGGAAAUUGAUGUAUUUUGCACUUCAGAAAUACUACCCAACAAAAGAGCAAUAUGGAGACACAUUACAUUUUUGUCGACACUGCAGCAUUCUUUUUUGGAAGGACUACCAUCUUGCUUUAUUAUUCAAGGACUCAGGACACCCAUGCACCGCAACGGACCCAGACAGCUGCUUCAUGCCCGUGUCUCCUCAGCACUUCAUUGAUCUCUUCAAAUUUUAA